AUGAUCACGGAGAACAAGGUCGAGGUGCAGAUCAACGGGCAGUGGCCUCUAGGGGAAUCGUACCAGUAUCUCAACGAGGAUAUCCACCUCCUCCUCACUCCCCUGGUCCGACCCCGACGUGCGCACCGAAGCGCGCCUCGUCCCCAACAGCUUCAUCAACGCCUUCUGCCGCGCAACCAGCACCACCAGCAGCCCUCCCAUUCAAUUCCGCUACAUCGACGCCGACUUCCCCACGCCCGGCCCAUCAAGCCCAUCUUUCUCUUCCUCGCUGACGACGCCAACCACACCCCGGGAGAGACCAUCACCACGGCACCCAAGCCAGAUACAUGCCUCAACUGCCUCCUCGGCCAGUGCAGUGAUGGAGACCCCAAGGCCCCACCUGGACGCCCCGCCGGCCUGCCGUUUGGGGUUGGACGGCACGGCUGGGCCCGCCGCAGCGACGGCACGCGCAUGGGCGACAGCUUCUUGGGCGGUGAGGACCCGGCGGACGAGAACUACGAUCUGUAUCAGUGGAUGGUCAAUGGGUUUAUCCCCUUCCGCGAUGUGCCGGUGCACCGUGUGCUUGAUAGCUGGGCAGAGCGGGUGAGGGCUGGGGAUUGGGUGGUCGGGCGGGAUGGAGUUGCUGAUGGGGUCCAGCGGUGGAGGGAGGCUGAUUCUGAUGGUGUGUGGGCGAAGUACUGGGUUUUUUUGGGGUGGUAG